ACGUAAGAGUUUUUCCAGGAAUUUUAAAAAGAAAAUAUCUUCAAUCAGUUUGCCCGCAGCCCUCUCCCGGCCAAGUUUUCUUUCUUUCUACCUGUAGUUAUGGCGCACAGGACCUUUGAGAUCAACGUCAUCUCUGCAAAAGGCCUCAAAAAUGUCAAUCUUAUCGAUAAAAUGGAUGUGUACGCCAUCGUUUCCCUCAAGGGUGAUUCAUCGAAGCACAAGCAGAAGACAAAAACCCCUGUAGACAAAGAUUGUGGCAAAGACCCAAACUGGAAUUUCCCCGUCAAGUUCACCAUCGACGAGUCCCUGGCCCAGAAAAACAAUCUGUACCUUAAGUUCAAGAUCAAGUGCGAGCGUAUUCUUGGAGACAAAGAACUUGGUCAAGUCAACGUGCCUGUUAAGGAGCUCCUGGAUUCACCAAGUGAAGGCGGUUCCAUGAAGUUUGUUAGUUACCAGGUAAGGAAACCGUCAGGAAAGCCUGAAGGUACCUUGAACUUUUCUUACAAGUUCGGAGACAAAGUUUCAGAGCCUGCCAAGUCAGAGAAAACCAAGGGUGAUCAGCCUGUUACUGCAUAUCCGGCACACAUGGCAGCAGGGUCCAGUUCAGCCGCCCCAUAUGGUGCGCCUGGACCUUAUCCGCCACCACAGCCACCUGGCUACGGAUACCCGCCGCAGCCUGUACCGGCGGCUUAUGGUGGAUACCCACCACAAGCACCACCUCCACCAGGUUAUGGCUACCCACCUCCGCCUCCAGGUUAUGGUUACCCUCCACCAGGGGGAUAUGGGUACCCACCAGUGCAACAACAGCCACCAAAGAAGAAUAGCAAAUUUGGAAUGGGUUUGGGAGCUGGGUUGCUUGGAGGGGCGAUUGGUGGGUUGCUGAUCGGAGAUAUGGUCUCUGAUGCUGGGGCUUAUGAUGCUGGAUAUGAUGCAGGGUUUGAUGAUGCUGGCGGUUUUGGCUUUUGAUCUUUCUUUUUGUGUGCUUUUCAACUGGGGCUUUAGCUGCUACUUCCUCUGCAUCUUAGAACUCUUUUAUAUUUCUUUUUUUAUCUUUUGUGGUUGUUGAAAGGGAAAAAAACAGGAAAAAGGAGUAUGAUAUGUCAUUUCUUAUUCACUUGUGAAAUAUCAAAUGUUUAAAUAAGACUUUUAAGCUUGUUAUGCUUUUCAAUUGGAA